AUGUCUCACGGCACGUUUAUAAAGGCCAGGUUUCAAUCAUAUUCUUUCUUUCAAUUUUCUCUGUCUCUCUCUCUCUCCCUCUCUCUGUAUCUACCUAUCCAUCUAUCUAUCUAUCUAUCUAUCUAUCUAUCUAUCUAUCUAUCUAUCUAUCUAUCUCAAACUGUUCAUAUCUAUCUAUAUAUCUUAGCCUAUCCCUAUCUAUCUAUCUAUCUAUCUAUCUAUCUAUCUAUCUAUCUAUCUAUCUCUAACCGGUCAUAUCUAUCUAUCUAUCUAUCUAUCUAUCUAUCUAUCUUUCUUUCUUUCUUUCUUUCUUUCUUUCUUUCUUUCUUUCUAUCUCUUUGUAGCUAUCAAUCUCAGUCUAUAUCUAUCUAUCUCUCUAUCUAUCUAUAUCAGACCCGUCAUAUCUAUCUAUCAAUCUCAGACUGUUCAUAUCAAUCUAUCUAUCUAUCUAUUCUUCUAUCUAUCUAUUUAUGA